AUGAGCGCAUCACACCCCACCACCGCCUCCAACACCGCCGCGGACGCAGCCGCAGAGCUGGCCGCCGACGUCGACGCCGAGGCCGGCAUCCCGGACCAGGGCCGCGCCUUCUCCACCGAGGACUACUUCAACACGCAGCGUCCGCCCGCCAGCCUCAAGGAGAAGACAGAGGCCAUGCGCGCCUUUGUUGACAAGUGGAACAUUGACGGCAAAAAGGUCGUCCUCGUCACUUCCGGCGGCACCACUGUCCCCCUCGAGUCCAACACCGUGCGGUAUCUGGACAACUUCUCUGCUGGUACUCGCGGCGCGACGUCAGCCGAGUACUUCUUGCAGGCCGGCUACGCCGUCAUCUUCCUUCACCGCACCCACUCGCUGCGCCCCUUCAGCCGUCACUACAGCCACUCGAUGAACCCCUUCCUGGACCUCUUGACAGUGAACAAUGGCGACCAGAUCGACGUCGUUCCGGGACAAGCCUCCAAGCUCCUGCCCAUCCUCAAGGCGUACCACCAGGCCCACGACGAAGGCAGCAUCCUCAGCGUCAACUUCCAGACCGUCAACGACUACCUCUGGCUCCUCCGCGCCGUCGCUGGCGUCAUGGCGCCCCUCGGACGCAAGUGCAUGUACUACCUCGCCGCUGCCGUGUCCGACUUCUUCCUCCCCGAUGACCGCGUCGCCGAGCACAAGAUCCAGUCGACACAUGGCGCGCUCGUCCUCGAGAUGGACCAGGUGCCAAAGGUCCUCCGCCCGCUCGUCCAGGAGUGGACUCCGGAAGGGUACAUUGUCAGCUUCAAGCUCGAAACCGACGACAACCUCCUCAUCCCCAAGGCGCGCGCCGCGCUCGCGCGGUACGGACACCAGCUCGUGAUCGGCAACGAGCUGCACAAGCGUAAAUCCGAAGUCGUCUUUGUCGAGCGGUCGCACCACGAAAAGUCGCGCGGCGACCGCUCCGUGACGGGCGCGCAGACGCCGCCCCUGGCCUCGUCCGCAGGCGACGUGCCGGGCAUGUACACCGAGACGUGGCUGCGCCUGCCCGAGCUCGCGGCCGGUCGAGCGGCGACCGACGAAGUGGAGAUUGAAGAGUUUAUCAUCCAGGCGCUGCUGGAGCGGCACCACGAGUGGAUCGCCCAGGGCGAGCAGGCCCAGGCCAACGCUCGGCAGCAGCAAAAGGUGGCUGCUACGGCGUAA